AUGAUAGUAAUUACUAAUUCUAUCCAGAUGUUUGGUUCUGAAGGGCUCCCUUUGAAGUUGUGGAUGAGCACCGAUCAAGGCGGCACUCGCAUGCAGCUGCAUCCCGGAGGCAACGGAGCCCUUCAACUGAGAGUUCUCGAUCGAGCUCGAGGUGUAGACCAUCUUUCUGUCAGGUCUUCCUCCUCGACGUCAUACAGCGAUGAUUCGUCGUCGUCGAUGUCCAGCACAAGUUCAUCCUCUAGCGACUCAGCCAGGAGAAGGAAGAAAGACAGGAAGAAGAGGCACAGCGGCGACAAGAGAUCGAAGAAGAGCAAGGAGAAGAAGAAGAGCAAAGAGAAGAAGAAGAGCAAAGGGAAGUCAAGAUCUAAAGGGAAGGAACGAAAGGAGAAAUCGAGGGAGAGGAAGUGGCGGGAUGACAGUGAUCUCCCCAACGACCCGAGCAAGCGGGAGGAGCGGGCGAGACAUUUACAAGCGCAACUCCUCCCAAGAACAGCUGCGAACAUGAUCCAGAAAGUUUUCCGUGGCCAUUCCGUCAGGACAUGGACAAAUAGGAAGAUCCGAGAGAUGAGGGUUUUAAGGAAAGAUCUGACGAGGUACAUCAUGACUGAGAUCCUUCACGAUGUGCUGGAGAAGGAGUUUGUUCCAGACAUCUUAGUUGAGAUUGUGACCUCCAUGUCUCCUGAGGUGUUUGCUCCCCAUCCAGCAUGGCUGAGAGAUCAGCUCGCGGCCGCCGAAAAGAUAACCAAGGAGACAGUGACUAAGUUGAUCCGAGAGGUGGUUCGGGAGACCUUCAACGACCUGGUGAACGAGUACCUUGUGAAAGAGAGGAUGGAGCAGAAAAAGAAGGGCUCCAAGAGCGAUCAGCUUGCUCUCUACGUGGACUUGGAGAUCGUGCAGCCAGUGCUGAAGCCGAUCCUGCUCACCUUGGCGCGUGAGGUCGUGGUGGCACAGAUAUGUAAGGAGGUGGCUGUGGAGAUUCAAGCAGAUCUUGCUGUCAUCGAGAAGGAGAAGAGAGAAGCGCUGGUGAAGCAGGAGAUGUUCCAACUCUCCUUCAAGAUCCUCGAUGCUGCACUGAUGCGACAGCUCAUUGACAGAAUCGCUACUGGAGGAGAGAAGGCGGUGGUCCAGCAGUACACUGAGAGGACGAUGGAUCGGCUGCUGUACAGUCUGAUGCUCCGCCGCGCGCUCAAGUCAGAUAUACUCAUCCAGUCGUUUCAAACCAACUUCGCCAAGAGGUAUCUCAUGCACAAGAUCAUGUCACAGCUCCUCGUUGAUCAGCUGACCGGAGACCUGACGUGGCUUGAGGGCGUCUACGAGGAGGAACAAGAGGAGAGCUGA